GGUUCUUGUGGGCGGUGAACUCUCUCAAGAUAUCAGAUUCAUCUUCGUCAAAGAGCUUCAGACGGCUGCUGUAUUCGCGUGCUCUUACACAAGAUUGCCCCUUCAUUCUAAGUUGUGAAACAGCAUUCCUCAUCCAGCACCUCCAUUCACAAUGCCGCCUCGCAUUCUUGCACCUCAGCUGGAGUCCAGCGCGCCUUUAGCUGCCUCCUGCUUCACACUCGGCCCUGCAAUCUGGUGGAUUGCCGAAUAUUGGGCUUCGCGUGGCUACUAUCCAUCGUAUAGCUACAUCGGCAACUUCACAAGCGAUCUGGCUGUUCCAUAUCCCUUUGCAGAGCGACCCCAUGGCCGCAAAGUCAAUUCAACCCGCGCGUCUUUCAUGAAAUAUGCUUUCUACGCCAAAGCAAUCAUUUUCGCCGUGGGAAAUCUCGCGUUUUUGCGUGCCACGACUCCCAGCGAAAAGACUGGCAGCGCAUUGGUGAUCGGCCGCGGCGUCGCUGCGUUAACGUACUCGGCGGGUAUGUUAAUGUUCGCAACUGUCCCCGGAGGUCCUCGCGAGCACGAGGACAAGUCCGUAUUCUGGCACUCGAUCGGCGGAGCGAUGAGCAUGAUCGGUGGUAACCUGAGCUCCAUUCUGCUUGCACGAGCGGAAACCGACCCCAACCUGCGACGAUAUUUCACAAUUGUUGGCUCAAGUGGUCUUUUCAACAUCAUCAUCUUCAUCCUGAAUGGACGGACCAAGGUGAAGGGAUUGUGGCAGCGAGGCACAAUCUACACGGUGCAAGCCUUCGAAAUUGCCACCGCCUGCUUGUUAUGGUCUCAGAUCGCUCAAGCCAAGCGGUAGAAUGGUCUGAAGCGGAUCUGAAUUGACCCUGGUCUUGUAUGUUCGAUCUCGCUCCAAAUAAGGAUUUCUUUCUCCAAGUCGUUUACCACAAACUCGCGGUGGGUAGACCGUCGGUCCCGUUGUCACAACGUCCCCAUACCGGGCCGGUGGGUGCAUCGUAAUAACAUGCCGAGUUGGCAGUCGCAAAAUCCCGAAGUGCGUCCCAAUCACGACACUGUCGAG